UCGGUCCAAACGGAUCAAGAGUGAUAGAAUGACAUAGAGCCCACACGACUCAUGUAAUCGACGAAUAUUCGUCAUUCGUACAGCUUCGCGGAGUCGUGUGCGUGUCGUAUUUAAUCGUCGGUGUCGGGUACAAUCAUAAAAGAGGUAGUAAGUGACUCGUGGCUCGUGCUGAUAAGAAAUUUAGCCUUGGACUUUCCCCAAAAUAGACUAUUAUUAUUAAUUUAUUAAUUAUUUUUGGCAAUACUCACUGCUCGGUAGUACGCCGGGUUCACACGAGUUUAGUACUUGGCCGAGUCAUUGAAGCAAGUUGCUAAAUUUAUCUACUCGUUAAAAUAUGGACACAUUAUUUAGUACUGAUCCCAGUAUUAGUUUCAGUAGACAUUUUAGUCGAGUUACUUGAAAACAGUUCUAUUAUCUCGGCCGAGUUGGACUUGCUACUCGCACUCGUUUAUUUACUAAACCAAUGUUGACACCGUUGUCGCCGCUACAAUUAGUAAAAUCGCGGGUAAAAUUCGUUAUCAGUGUCAUUCUGUUAUUAUUCUGUCGUACCUAUUCGAUAUUUCCCGCGAAUGAAAUAUUAAACUUAAACUAAAUAUACAACUUCAGUAUUACUUUUUAACGAUUUUUGCUUUAUUCAUUUAUUUAUAAUUAAAAAUAUGAUUUUUUUUUUUUUUAACUAAUAAUACUAUAAAAAUACUAUCUUACCAUAGAUUAGGACAAGAAAAUUUAAUUUAGCAAUGCGCUGUGGAUCACACUGCGCACACGACAAACAACGUCUCGCGAAGCAUCAAACUACUAAAGCUACGUUUCUAAUUCUAUUGGCUAUUCUAUAUUAUUUAUGUCUUAUAUUUGAUAAUUAUUGUGUGAAAAACCAAUAGUUAAUAGAAUGAAGGUAAAAUUUUAUUACACAUUGUAAUUUUUACAUAUUUUAAACAACAAAUGUACCUACACUUAAUUAUAAUUUACUAACAAUUUGCAUGUCUAAAAAAUUUCAAUUGAAUUCUCCAAGUCAAAAGAGUAAAUGAAGAUAAGAAAAAACGUUAUAAAUAAAAUUUAGAAGAUUAUUUGUUAAAAGUCUUGGGUACCUAUUCUACUGAACACUGAUAUUACAUUUUUUAUUAGACUGCUAAUAAAAUAAAAUAAUACGAGAAAAAAAUUGCCUUAUAUCAUACAAUUUGAAAGUUAGCAACCCCAGCGCCAGUAUUUUGAAAUCGAAUACGACAAAAAUAUGAAUUCGUAUACAACACGGAGAAAAAUGUGCCAACAUGGAUAAAUCAUAAUUAUUUACCGGCGUAUUCAUUUAAAUUACUAAUGUAAUACUCAUAGACCCGUAUAUAGUUAAAAUUCUGAAAAUAUUUUAUUUCAUUUUUAGAACUUAAACUUUGUAGAAUGUCGUUGGACUCCGAUGUUGAAACAUUAAUUGACGCGAGUACUUUUGUAUAACCACAACGGGUAGUAUUAUAUUUCAUAUUUCUUAUCAUUUUUUGAACAAAUACCAUUCUCUACACGGGAAUUUAUUGUCAAUAUGAUGUUACUUUAUGGUCAAUAUUAUAAAAAUUAUUAUUAAAUUGAUAAUAAUUUUAUCAGCGUGAUAAUAAAAAAUUGAUACGAGAUGCGCCAUCAGCUGAAUAUUACCAUUUUGUGUUAGUGCCUUGUGGUUUGUUUAUUUGUCGUUUAACGUAUUAGCUAGCGUUUCAUUGCUCUCUAGACUUCUAUAAGUCUGUUAUAUUUCACUACUUUUUUAUUAUUUUAAUCAAGUUAACAAUAAUUGUGUUUAGUGUGUAAACUAUAUUCAUGUUUUAUUUUAAUCAAAGAAAUAAUAAGGUAAUAAAAACAAUUCGUUAUAUUUGUCGAAUUAUUGAUCUUUGAUCAUUCGUCGUAGAAUUAUCUAUUUAUUAAAGCCUAAUAGUAUAUAUACUUGCUUAAAAAAUACUUGUUAUCUUUUAUAAGCUAUAUAACAAAAAAACAUAUUAUGGAUUAUAAUCCCAUUGCUGAUACCUAAUAUUACACAAACCGAUGAUUUUAAUAAAGGUUUUACAAAGAUUAUUCAAAUGAAAAUAAAAAUAAUCAUAAUACUCUAAGUUUGGAGGAAUGUACUAUUAAACUUAAAAAUAUUUUUAUCUUAGAAAAGUCUGUUAAAUUAUUAUACGGGUCAACCACACAAUUUGUUGCAUAUAAUUAUAACAAUUUUAAUAAAAGUGAUGUUGUCUGUCAUUUAACCUUGUAUAACAGUAAAUAUUUUAAAACUUAUAUUGUCAAAAAAGAAAUUGUAGAGUCUGUAUUACUUUCAAAGUUCAUCAAGAUUUUAAGUCUAAUAUUAAAUUUAUUUUUUCAACUGUAGUACAGAAUACCACUUGAAUAAUAUCAGUAGAGUGCAUUGUUGUCAAAUGUAAAACAGAUUACUAUAUAUAAUGAAAUGUGUGCUAUGAACCACGAUAGUGAAAUUUGUUUUCAUGAAAAAUUUACGAAAGAAACCAUUUUUACUAUUCAAAUUACAAUUUAAAUAAUUAUUUGAACAUAGAAAACAUUUUCAUAUUGCUUAUAAUAUUAUGAGUUUUAAAAAUGACAAUAAUUUGUUUUCAAAUGUUAUACAGGAAAAUUAUGGAAGAAAAAAUAUUUCAGUAUAAGGAUAAGAUAGUUUUUUCAUAUUUCAUUUACAUUGAUGACUGAAAUUAAUAACCCUUUGGAUUUACAUUUCAAUUAUCAGUUAUAUUUUUAAUUUAUUACAGCUUUCCACUAAUUUAAAAUAGUUCUAAAUUAUCUAAUAUUUUUUUUAGCAACAUUGGUUAAAUUAGUUGAUUAAAAAAUGUUUAGCAAUGGCUCAAUUUUAUUAUUUAAUAAUUAAAAAUAAACAUUAUAUGAUAGUGGAUUAUAAAAAAUAUUGCAAAUAAUUCACAUCAGAAUUUAAUGUUACCUAUAUAAAUGUGCUUAAAAACAUGACGCUAAAUAAAAAAGAAAUCAAUUAUCUACUAUAUUUUAUCUGUUUUUUGUUUGAGUAGGCAGAAGGUAUCAUCUGGGGUAUAUCACUGUAAAUUGCAUAUACAUUGUACAACAUAUCACACUUUCUUUUUCAGGGUAGUUAAUAAUCCGCUUAAAAUAUUUUUUUUAAUGUCUUAAUUUAAUUAUAUGUAAACUUUUUAAACGUGUAAAUUUAAUACUGCUUAAUCGUAUUUCAUAGUUUUAAGGCACCUAUACCUGUAAAUAUUAUGCAAUGAUAAUGAUAUUGCAAAUGUGCAUGAUGCAAGUUGUAUUGAUCAACAAUAAUAAAUUAAAACUAUUAGGUUAUAAAAUGUUGUAUAUUAAUAUAAUCAAUACUAGGUAUUUUAUUUAUUAAAUAGAAUUUAAAUCCGGAAUCAUCAAUACUUGAAAUGCCAUUAUUACAAGGUUAUGAAUAUCCUAUUGACGAUUUGGAACCAUUACAUGAUUUGUUAUCAAGUUGGAGAUUAGAAUUUUUAUAUCAAACAUUACUGGGUAGUAUACCUUUAUGUCAUACACUAACAUACUAAAUAGUUGUAUUUUUAAUUUUAAUUUAAAUUUGUUUAGAUCAAUUAAUUGAUAUGAAAGUUUUAUCAAUAAUGAAAUCUGAACAUGUUAAUGAGCUGCUCAAUGAAUUCCCAUUAGGAAUUAAAAUAUUAUUUAAUCACUACUUAGAAAAUUGGCAAAAUACUCAAAAUGUAUUAUCAAAUAAGAUUAACACAAAAUCUGUCCACGAAGAAAGUGCGUUUGAUAUUAAUAUUAAUCUGAGUGAUAUAUUAACCACAUCUUCAACUGGCACAAUGAUCAUUGAUUAUUAUAAAACAAAUAAUAAAUUUAAUGACAAUAUAAGGUCAUUAUUAGUGGAGACUGUUAUUAAUUACAUAAUAACUAAAAAAAUACCAAUGUCGGUUAAUUUGGCUAAUUAUUUUGGAAAUCAAAUAGUUAAAAUGUUUCCGUCUGAAGUAAAAGUAAAUUAUACUUUUAUUAUUUUAUUUAUAACACUAAUUAUAUUCUAUUCUAAAAACAGUGCUCGCUAUUUGUCUACUAAAUUAAAGUAAAAUAAUAUUAAAUAAUUAUAACUUUUUUAAAUUUAUUUUAGGACACAUAUUUUAUGAAAAAUGAAACAAAUAAAAGUCCUAAAGGUAAACUAUAUGCGAAAUACUACAAUUCAAUAAGAUCUCUAAAAACCAGUGGGCUUAUACCUUCCAAUGAUCAGGCUAAAGUUCCUGGAAAAUCACUUAUUCAUGUACAUUUUGGUAAGGAUUUUUAAAUAUUAUAAGUAAUUUAUAUUUAAUUUAUUGUUUAAAUUUGUAAUUUUGUUCCAGAACCAGAAACCGGAAUAGAGUACAUAUUGGAUCAAAUCAUGCAUGACAAAAGUUGUUCAUUUUCUGAUCUUAAAAGCAACUGGAGAGCUACGACAAACUAUAGAUUAAAUGAAAUUCAAAACACAACCUCAAUCAGUGAAAUAUUAAAUAAAUGGAGUAGCUUUAAACUACCUUUUGGAUACAGACUUGUAAAUAUUUCAACAAUAAGUUCUAACUCAUAAGUAGGGCUGGGAAUGUAAUGCCUUAUAAAAUCCUAAACAAUGCCUUUAAAAAAAUGAUGUGCUAUAAAAAUUCUAUAUAAUGAACUAAAAAUGUGUUUCUUUUUGACAAUUUAGAUAUAAAUUAUUUAAAAAAAAAAAAAAAUUAUAAAUCUGUUUUACAUUAAAUUCAUUGAACUUGGCCUUCUUUAAUUUGGGAAAAAAAAUUAAUUCCAUACAUUUUUUAAUUUGUUUAAUAGAUUUAGAUAAUCCAUCUAUUUACCUGUACACUGCACUAUUACAAUCACAACAGUUUGUUUCAUAUUUUAGAAUAAAAAUUACCUGUUUAUUCGCCAGUAAAUUCUUAUAGUUCUUAUAUAUUGUAUUGUUUCAUAUUAUAUAUUACAAGUUUUAUGUAAUAGUUAUUUUUUUUAUUUAUAUCAACAUCGUGCUGGUGUGUAAAAAUCCUAAAAUAAAAUAUAAAAUUGAAAUUUUGAAUCCAAAAAUGUUACUUGAAACCCUAUGAUGCCCUUAAUUUUUUUUCAAAAAAAUGCAAAAUAAACUAUCUUAUCCACAUUCAAUAGUGCAUGAAAGAAAUUUAUGACACUGCAAGAAAAAAAUUAAAAGUGCAUUGUUAUUCCAUAAAUAACCAGUUAUUGUACACUAUGUUUGUUUAGAUUGAUAUUGAUUUCUGUACAUUGCACCCUAACUGCCCUAACUUAUUAAGCACUUUUGAAGAUAAAUCAAAAAAAGUUAUGGAUUUACUAAAUGAAAAAAUAAAAGAUAUUACAAGCCGUAUAUUAUUUGAGAGUUUGAAGAAUUCAUCAAACAUAAAUCAAAGUAAUAAUUUUUAUUUACCUACUUAUAUUAUCAUGCUUUAUUUAUAAUAUAUUUAUAUUUUUAUUUGCAGAUGGAAAAAAUACAGUGUUAUUCUAUUUAUUGCAUGCAAUAUUUGUUCCUACUUCCAAAAAAGUAACAAAAGAUGAUAAUGGGAAAAAAAGUCUAGUAAAAUAUUCAAUCAAAGACUCUCAGAACAGUUUUAUAGUUUUUAAAAAUUCAGUUGAUGAAAUAGAAGAUUAUAUUACAUGUCACAGCAAAGAAAAAAAUCCUAUUCAGCCAUGUAUAUUAAUAGUUGGUACGCCAAUUGAUCCAAAAGAAAUACUAAUUUGUUUUCAUACCAUAAAAUAUAAAGUGUUUUCAAUUGUAAAUGCAAUUGAUGUGUGUUUUAAGAUAUUCCAUUUAUUUAACUUAGAAUAUCCUUCACAAUCGUGUAUAGUUUGGAUAUUUAUUCAAAGGUAUUUCUAUUCUCUAACUACUAAAUUUGAUAAACCAUGUCAUAUGUUAGGUCAAAUUUUGUCUGAUUUAAGUAAAAAUUAAGUAAAGAAUCAUAUUCAUUCAUAAGUUUAAAAAAUCCAUUUAUUUUUUUUUAAUAUUUAAAAAAAAAAUGUAUUUUAUUAUAUUAUAUACUAGGU